UGACAGUGACGACAAGCGAAUGUUAACGCGUUUGUGUCUCAAAAGAAAAAUAUAAUUUUACAAGUUAAUCUAUUUCAGUUUUUAAAGUAACUAGGAAAUCUAUAUAAGCGAAAAUGAGUUACAUGUUGGGACACUUACACAAUGGAUGGCAAGUGGAUCAGGCUAUACUGUCAGAAGAAGACCGUGUUGUCGUUAUUAGAUUUGGACAUGACUGGGACCCAACCUGCAUGAAGAUGGAUGAAGUGUUAUACAGCAUUGCUGAAAAAGUGAAGAAUUUCGCUGUCAUCUACCUUGUCGAUAUAACAGAAGUUCCUGAUUUUAAUAAAAUGUACGAGUUGUAUGAUCCAUGCACAGUGAUGUUCUUCUUCCGCAAUAAGCACAUAAUGAUAGAUUUGGGCACGGGAAACAAUAACAAAAUCAAUUGGCCUCUUGAAGACAAACAGGAGAUGAUAGACAUCAUUGAGACAGUCUAUCGGGGUGCAAGAAAAGGUCGUGGUUUAGUUGUUUCACCCAAAGAUUAUUCAACAAAAUAUAGAUACUGAACGUUAGUUUGUGAACUCGGAGAACUACUCUUUGAAUUAUUGAUCUCUUAACUUGCUCUAAGAAAAGAUGAGCUGUAAUGUAUGAAAAUAAUUUGUACAUACUUAAGAAUUGUACAAAUGAAAUUUGUUUUUAACAAUUAAAGGCAUUCAUUCUGUGCAUCUUGAAGGAGUUGACAUGAUA